CGCAGCCGGGCUGGGAGCUGCCGGGGCGAAGCCGAAGCCGCCGCUCGGGGCUCGAGGGCCGCCCGCGCUGGGGGGACAUGCAGCGCCCGCGGCCGUGAAGCCGGGCGCCCGCGCGAGCCGGAGGAUGGGAUCCGGGCAGAGAGCCGCUCUGCUUUCCCUGCUCCUGCUGUCCUCGGCCUGGCGCGCUGGGGCGCGCCGCAGCCUGAAGACCAACCUGUGCAAAUGGUGCGACUCGACGCCGCCGGCCUGCGAGGAGCGGGUCUGCUACAGCAACUGCAACCUCAACUCCUACUGCGAGAGCCCCUACGAGAUCUGCGUGGCCAUCUGGAGACAAGACAACGAGAGCAUCAGGAUCAGCACGCUCUGCCACAACCCCCACCACCCCAUAGAGAACCUCAUGGUCCCAAACUACAACACCUCACGUUGCAUCAUGACCUACCAGCCCAGUGAGGAUGGGAUCAUCUACAUCUGUGGCUGCGUGGACGAGCAGGAAUGCAAUGACAAGCUUAUCUUCGAAAACCACACCAACGGAUACUCCAUGCUGCAGAGCAAAGAGGUCAUCCCAGUGGCUGCCAUCAGCCUCCUGCCACCGCUGCUCGUGGCCGUGAUGAUCACAGUGAUAUUCUACCUCUGCCGCACGCAGAAGCAGAGGAAGCGAGCCAAGGCAUGGAGCCAGAAACACACACAGCACCCGACUUUGCCCGACCGAGGGAAGGCCGCCGAGCGUGAUGAGAAGUUGUCGGUGAUGACGGAUGACAAUCAGGCCAGCAUGAGCUCUACCUGCGCCAACAGCAUCAACCACAACACCGAGCUGCUUCCCAUCGAACUGGACGAAAUGGUGGGGAAAGGCCAGUUUGCCGAGGUCUGGAGGGCAAAGUUAAACCACACCAGCUCAGGGCAAUACGAGACAGUGGCUGUGAAGAUCUUCCCCUGUGAGGAAUAUUCCUCCUGGAAAAAUGAGAGCCAGAUCUUCACGGACGCCAGCCUGAAGCACGACAGCGUCCUGCAGUUCCUCACAGCUGAGGACAGGGGAUCGGGGCCCCGGAAGGAGUACUGGCUCAUCACUGCCUACCACAGCCGGGGCAACCUCAAGGACUACCUGUCCCGGCACAUCCUGAGCUGGAUGGACUUACAAAAAAUGGCAGGGUCCCUCGUCAACGGGGUGGCUCACCUCCACAGCGACUACACCGCUUGCGGCAGGCCAAAAAUCCCCAUCGCUCACCGGGAUAUCAAGAGUACCAACAUCCUGGUUAAGAACGAGCAGGAGUGCGUGCUCUGCGACUUCGGCAUUGCGAUACGCCUCGACCCUUCCCUGACGGUUGAUGACUUUGCAAACAGCGGGCAGGUGGGCACCGCCAGGUACAUGGCUCCGGAGGUUCUAGAGUCCAGAGUGAAUCUGGAAGAUCUGGAGUCUUUCAAGCAAAUGGAUGUCUACUCCAUGGCCCUGGUUUUAUGGGAAAUGGCCUCCAGAUGUGAGGUGGUAGGAGAAGUAAAAAAUUAUGAGCUACCUUUUGGGUCAAAAGUCCAGGAGCAGCCCUGUGUGGAUACCAUGAGAGACAUCGUGCUGCAUGGCAGAGGGCGCCCCGAGAUCCCCAGCAACUGGCUUGUGCAUCAGGGGAUGCGUUUUCUGUGCGACACCAUCACGGAGUGCUGGGACCACGACCCUGAGGCUCGCCUCACAGCCCACUGCGUGGCCGAGCGCUUCAACCUGAUGGCGCAGAUGGACUGCGACGACAUCCUCAACAACAACACGGACAACGAUGCCGGCAAAACUACAUGUCCCAGCGGGGAACGCCAAGGCAGCGAUGGGAGCAGAACCGUGCAGUGAUGCAGCAGGCAAAAAGAAGUGAGGGGAAAGGUGACAAGCAUUUAGCUCGUGGUAAAAGGCCCUCGCUUCAUUUUUCAAAGCGGAGCUAAGAUCCAACACAUAACUUAUUUAUAAGACCUGUUUCAUCCCACAGAUCCAGUGCAGAAAACUGUGGAACCAGUACUUUGGCUAAAGUGCAACAUUGUAUAUGAACUGAUUUUGUACUUACUUUAACUGUAUAACGAUGCAAAGCAUUUCUUAUUAUUUUUUAAAAUAAUAAUGUUUAAUCUUUUAUUAAUAA